AUGUCAGAUAAAAGUACUCCAGUUGUUGCGCCGGAUGGUGGAAUGAUCGUUCAGCGUGAUCCGAAUCUGGAACAUGCAUUUGGAGUUUCAACAGCAACGAAUGGGACGUUGUCAGCGGAAUUCGAUUCAUCAGCUGAACUCAUCAUGAAAUUACAGAACAUGUUGAGGAGCAUCGAACUAAGUUUGGACAAAGUUAAUCUUUCUUUUGCAUUUGACGAAGUUAUAAUGGAAGCGGUGAAUUCUAUUAAACCUCCUCGGAAUUCUAUGGACGCCUCAGAUCUUUUAGCGGAAACAUAUAUUAAUCCGCUAUUCAAAUCAUGUUUAAAUAAAGCAGCUUCUUCUGCAUUUGAUUAUUUGAUUGGAUUGUAUGGGCGCUGCAAUUCUUUAGUUAAUCAGAGUCAUCUGGGGCUCUCUGCCAAAAUAUUUUCAACACUAUCUGAGCGGGCAAAAGUACAAUUUAUUCUGUUUCUUCGAGGACUUUUGUGUGCUAACAAAAAGUAUUUGAUAUUUUUAUCCUUUUACAAUUUGUUUUUCAGUUCAUCUUAUCAAGACAUUUCAACAGUCUUCACUAAAUUUAUGUUGACAAAUCUUGAGUCAAUUUCUCCUUUUCUGCGCGAUAUAAUUGUUUGCUGUAAAGAUGUGGCAUUGACUGAUGAGGGUGCGCUAAUUGAGGUUUUUGGUCCUGUUCUUGACAUUCUUCGCUCUUGUGCAACACACAUUAAUAUGACAAAGCUAUUUGAAGACAAGCAUUAUUCUCUUCUCUUGCUUUUGCUUGAAAUUAAAAUGUCUGACAAUACUCGCCCAAUUGCUGAUUUGAUAGUUUCACGUCCAGAUUUCCAUCCUAAACAUCUUAUCACUAAUUUUAAAGGACGUGAAUUUUUUCAUUCUUCAUUCCUUGGCCCUUUUAUUGCAUUUAGCAUUGCUGGUAGCCAAUCGCCUCUUUAUGUGAGCACAUUUAAAGUUAAUUUUUAA